UCUUCCUGAUCAGUUUCAUCACCUGUCACAUGUUUCAUCUGACUCUUGCUCUCUUCCUUGCUUGGACUUUUCUCAAUAAAUUGUUAUAUUUCACAUUUGCUACUGAAUCUUCCUUUGUGUUCGUGAAAGAUUUGAUGUCAGAGGAAGGAUGUGCUCCUCCAGCUGAAUCAGAUCAUCAUAUUCAAAACACAGUCAUUGGUCGCCAUCUACUGGUGUAAUUAUAUAAUAUACAUGUUUUAGAUGACUUUAUGUAUUUACAUUUUCAGUGUUAAUGUCAUUUAUUGGUAUGAUAUUGCCAAACCACCAAUACACAAUAAAAGCAGUGACAGAAAUCUCUGGUGUCUUAUAGAUUUUCACUUUAAAUUCUAGGAGGAUCUCAAUACAGCACUGAAGUCCUUACAAGAGAAACUUAAACACAAUGAAAACAUUAAAGAAGAGUUUGAGAAAACAGUUCAACACAUCAAGUCUCAAGCUGAGCACACAGAGCUUCAGAUUAAACAGCAGUUUGAGAAGCUUCAUCAGUUUCUCAGAGAUGAAGAAUAAGCUACAAUCACUGCACUGAGGGAGGAAGAGGAGCAGAAGAAGCAGAUGAUGAAGGAGAAGCUGGAGGAGAUGAACAGACACAUCUCAGCUCUUUCACACACAAUCAAAGACAUGGAGGAGAUGAUGAAAGCCAGUGACGUCUGCUUUCUGAAGGAGUUUCCAGUCUCGAUGGAGAGAGUCCAGAGAUCACAGCCGGAUCCACAGAUGGCUUCUGGAGCUUUGAUUCAUGUGCCACAUUACUUGGGCAACCUGCCGUUCAGAGUCUGGAAGAAGAUGCAGGACAUCGUCCAAAACACUCCUGUGAUUCUGGAUCCAAACACGGCUCAUCCACGUCUUGUCCUGUCUGAUGAUCUGACCAGUGUGAGAUUCAGUGGGGUCGAUCAACCUCUUCCUGAUAAUCCAGAGAGAUUUGACAGUUAUGCCUGUGUUCUGGGUUCAGAGGGAUUUAACUCAGGAACACACUGCUGGGAUGUGGAGGUUAAAGAGAGUUCAGACUGGACUCUUGGAGUAACUACAGCAUCAAACCAGAGGAAGGGACGUGAUUUCUAUAACACUGAUAAUGUCUGGUUUGUGGUGCACAGUCAGUUUGAUCAGAAGCUUGAUCGUGUGAGAGUGAAUCUGGACUAUGACAGAGGAACGGUGUCAUUCUCUGAUCCUGUAACUAACACACAUCUACACACACUCACAACCACCUUCACUCACACACUCUUUCCAUUCUUCAAUUUUUUUGGCUCUCUGAGGAUCUUACCGGUCAAUAGUCAGUAAUUGUCACUCCUGUAGGUCUGGAUCUUCUGCUUUCAUCAUGUUUCCAGUAUUUAAUCCAGAUCACAUGAGUAAGAGUGCUGUUGAUCUGAAUAUCAGUACAGUGGCUGUGAUUGGUCCACAGCCGAUCACAUGACUGAUAUCCAGCACUACAGCAACACUCACCCUCUCUUAUUGACUUUAAUAUAUCUUUCCUUGAACAGUUCAGUAAACAAUUACUUUAAUUUUCCCUACAAGUGGGAAGACCAGAAGAACAAGCAUCAGGCAAUUCCUUGUAUGUUUUAAUGGCGAAAGACAAUCAGUGGAAAUGUCAAUGAAAACUGGAGUUUGUUCAGAUUUAUUCCAUGUAUAGGGACUGUGUUUUGAAACAAAGCACAGGUUUUUUUUAAGCAGAUUGUACGACACAAACAUUGUCUGAGCCAGAGAAUGAUGAUCACUUCUCCACAGAAAGUUUAUUCAGGUGUGUUUAUGCACUGUACACCGUGUGUGUGUGUGUGUGUGUGUGUGUGUGUGUGUGUGUGUGUGUGUGUGUAAUACACACGUUUAUGUGUGCAUAUGUGUAUGACUGUAUAACAUAUGCAAAAUAAAAUAUUUUGCUUUUGCAAAGUUGAAGUUUCCAUAUUGUAGGUAAAAUUU